AUGAGCGAGGAUGACAACUCGGCAUCGGCAAACAAAGACUCCACUCUCCUGCUCACGAAAGACGGGCAGCGGUACUACGUGAGUAAGAGCGGGGUGGUCGACAGUAGAAAUGUGAUAACGCCGCACGAACCAGAGAACAACGUCUCCUCCUACGACAUGGAUGAUCCGGACGAGGAGAGCGACGUUUUGGACACCUCGGAUCCCAGAGACAGCGCCGCGAGCCCGGAGGAGCUCAACGACGAGGAGACCUCGGAGGGCGACAACGCUCCGAAGCAGUGCACCUACGAGGGGUGCACGGAGACCACGACGCAGGUUGCCAAGCAGAGGAAACCGUGGAUGUGCAAAAAACACCGAAACAAGAUGUACAAAGACAAGUACAAGAAGAAGAAGAGUGAUCAGGCCAUGUCCAGUGGCAAACUUGAUGAAAACUCAGAGGAGCGCCCUGUGUCUGUGAACAAACAGCGUCUUGGUGCCAUGGGGGACCGGCCAGCCAGACCCUCCCUGAUAGAGCAGGUCCUCAACCAGAAGAGACUGUCACUGCUCAGGAGUCCAGAGGUGAUCAGUUUCCUGCAACAGCAGCAGCAGCUCCUGGCCACACAGAGCCGCAGCCAAUCACAGCAGCAGUUCCAGGGUUGCUGACACCGGCCCUGUCAACUUUUCACCCUACUAUUUUUGAUUUAUCGUGAGCACUGACACUUAAUUAGAUAACAACCAUACACUGUUAACAUGAACUUCCCUGCCCGCCAGACAGACUCAACGCGCGGUGAGACAGGCGGACUGAACUAGGUAAACUGAUCUAGAUCGCCCCAAAGGCAGGCUGACCAUGUGAUCAAACAAUGUCUGGAUCUGUUUGGGGAAUAUAAUUUCCUAAAUACAAGACAUUUCUUCUCACAAUUACUUAUUAAGUUACAUUUUAGUUACACCAUCAAUUCCCACUCUGUGAGUUAUCUUUCCUUUCCUAAUAAUGAAGGAUUAUAAUUGUCCAUCAAAGUUGUUCAGUAGUUAAUAAUCAUGAGCUCCAUUUGAUCCUCCUGUCUUUUCCGUUGCUGAGAAAAAUUCAAGAUUACCUUCUUUGGUUUAGUGUCGUGUGUAUCACUUUUCAGGCUGUUUUCUCUUGAGGAAUGAAUUUUCACUGUGUUUAUUUGUGUUUUCUCCUGAACAUGAGGUUUUGUUAUGUGUGACAAUCAGUUUUAUGUAAUGCAUGUCUGUAGCCUCGUUUCUGUCAAGCGGUGGCUUUCAGGACAAAAUUUUAUAUCCCUGUUUAUCUGAAAACUGUUGCUCAAACAGUAAAUUCUAACUGUAUACAAAGAAGAAACACAAAGGAAGUUUGGUUGGAUGUGUAUUGGUCAUGUUAGCUCUGUUUUUGUGUUGAAAAGUGGCAGGGGGAAGACGUCCACUGUGUGUUUUUUCCUGUGUUUUUAAACUGAAGUGUCUAUCCCCUGCUGCGAAGAUGAGACUAAAAUUGUGAUGGGAACUGAGAAAUUUCUCACUGUUUAUAUUGCAAUGUGAUGCUUUGUUCAUUAACAUGAGAAAAAAAUUCAAAUCUUAAAAAAACAAAACAAAAAAAAAGAUU